CAUCCGCCAUCCAGCUUCACCUGCCGGAGGGGGGGCACAUGCAUUGAGGCAGCCGGCGCGAGCGCGCCUGAUUCCUCUCUCUCCGUCAACGCGCGCUCUCGCGCGGAGACGGGCUUCUGGGAGCUCGGAGAGCAGACGAGCGGCAGCUGAGGAGAGAGAAAGAUGGAGGUGAGGGUCGGGGAGAGACUCCUGUGCCUGGCCGUGCUGUCCAGCGUCCUCUGCAUGGAUUCAGUCCUCGGGAAAUACGUCAGAGGCGUCGUCAACACAAAAGAGGACUGGGUUUUCCUUACACGCUUCUGCUUUCUUACCGAGUUUGGGCGGUUGGAUUUCCGAUUUCGCUACCCAAAGUCUCGUUGCUGUCAGAACAUAUUGCUCUACUUUGAUGACAGUUCUCAGUGGCCAGCUGUGUACAAGAGGCCCGAAAAGAACUGCUACCAGAAGGAAGCCGUGCUGAGGCCUGAAAACAACCAGGUCAUCAACCUCACCACACGCUACACCUGGUCAGGCUGUGUGGUGGAAGGGGAUGGAAACGAGGAGGUCCUGAGCUGCGUGGGUGGCCGCAGCUUCCGCUCGGUGAGGGAGCGAUGGUGGUAUAUCGCUCUCAGCAAGUGCGGGGGAGAUGGCCUGCAGCUGGAGUAUGAGAUGAAACUGACCAAUGGCCAGUCUUUCUGGACGCAGCAUUUCUCUGCUGACGAGUUUGGCAUCUUGGAAACAGACAUCACAUUCCUGAUCAUCUUCUCCAUGGUGUUCCUUCUCUCCUGCUACUUUGCCUACAAUCUGAAGGGAAGACAGCUUCUUCACACAACCUACAAAAUGUUUAUGACGGCAGCAGGUGUGGAAGUGCUCAGCCUGCUGUUCCAUUGUGUCUACUGGGGCCUGUAUGCUAGAGAUGGAGUUGGCAAUGGCAGCCUCAAAAUACUUGGGAAAUUACUGUUCUCCGUCAGUUUCUUGGUGUUCCUUCUGAUGCUCAUAUUGUUGGGCAAAGGUUUCACUGUCACCAGGGCGAGGAUCAGUCACAGUGGGUCUGUGAAACUGAGCAUCUACAUGACGGUUUACACAAUCACCUACGUCAUCCUCUUCAUCUAUGAGGCGGAGUUCUUUGACCCAGGUGAAGUGCUGUACGCCUACGACAGCCCUGCAGGAUACGGACUCAUGGGCCUGCAGCUGGUUGCGUAUGUGUGGUUUUGCUACGCCGUGCUGGUCUCCCUGAAGCACUACCCCGAGAAGCAGCCCUUCUACGUCCCUUUCUUCACCACAUACACACUAUGGUUUUUUGCUGUCCCUGUUAUGGCUCUGAUUGCCAACUUUGGGAUUCCUCGUUGGGCUCGGGAGAAGAUCGUCAACGGCAUUCAGCUCGGGAUCCAUCUCUACGCUCACAUCGUCUUUCUUGUUAUCACACGGCCUUCAGCAGCCAAUAAGAACUUCCCAUACCAUGUACGGACAUCCCAAAUCGGGAUUCUGCUGUCCAGUCCGAAAGGCGGUGAGGGGGCGGAGAGUUUUCCUCAUCAUGCCUAUGGAAAUAGCUCCUUUCUGGGAGACUCGCAACCCAACUUCACCGAACUUUUCUCCAUCCAAUCAGAACCGGUAAAGACGGUGGAGGAGACAGUGGCCCGUAAAGGGCCAGAUGUGCAGAGAAAUAGCGAACAGAAGAUCAUCACCACUGCUGCUGACUUAACGUCGAUAUUGCCCUCACCUCCGCCUCCAAUACCCCCGCGCCCGGCCACACGAUCACCCCCACUCCCACCCCGGCUUCCGUCCUUUACAGAGUAUUUCACCAUGCAGAGUGGAGGAGGAGCAGGAUUUGGAACAAAGGCAUGAGAUGGAGAGAAAGGCAGGACAGAGGAAGUUGGGCAGUAGGGCGGGGGGAGCAUGAAAGCAAGGACAGAAUGACAAUAAAAAUAGAAAUAGUGACAAUAACUAAAGAAAUAUAGUGGAAUUCAAAGUAAAGGUCAGCCAGAAAAAAGGGAAAAAAAGAAAUGAAAAUGUUUGGAAGGACGAAGAAGAGAUCAUCAGAAAAGUGAAUCCCUAAACGGUCGCUUUUCACCUUUGAAUGGAAGUGAUCAGAAUGGAGGAGUGAGGGGAAAUGGCUGAGGCACAAGUGCAGAGCUUGUUAAAGAAUAAAGAAGCAAUAAAUAUUUGAUGUUGACCAGUAAAAGGCACACAGGGAGAAAGAUGACAAAGUGGAUGUAGCCAGAGCAAAAAAUGAUAGCUGUGCACAAAGCGGAAAUGAACAAAAUUCUUGAAAUAGUUUUCAUUCAAAAAUUCAUGAGGCAUUGAUGGUGUGCCUGAAAGAGUUUGUAAAUAGCUAAACCCGGUGAGUGCUACCAAUCUACAUAGUUUUAUUUAAAUAAAAAAAAAAAGAAAAAAAGGAAAGAUUUAUUUUUGUUUUUCCACAUCAUUAAAUUGUAGUUGGUGCUGUGACCAUAGAGAAAUAUCAUGCCAUUACAUGUUCUGGGUUAAUCUAAAAAAGGAUUUUUUUUUUAUUUUUGACACUGUUUGAUAAAGCAUAGAUAUAUUUACUCUAUACGAAAUCUGUUCGGUUUAUUUAUAUUCUUAUAUGCCUCCAUUGCAGCUGGCUAUACUGGAUUGAUAUGCUGAUGUGUAACUGUAAAUGUCACGUUUACUGUGGGCACUCCUAGGUACAGUGCUUGUAAAAACACGCAUGUUUGUAUUGUAUUUCCUGUCUUAAAAACACUGAUUAUAUGUACUCAACAUGACCACACAAUAUUUGCAUAUUGUGUGUAUUGAACUCUUUCCUUUUGUAAAUGCAUACAAUAAGCUUCAGUAUAUUUCGACUGGAUAAACUCUGUUGUUACUCCAGUCAAAAGCGUCUUGCGCUGUUUGAGACACAAUAUAAAACCAAUGUUAUAUUGGGUUUUUUUUUCUUUUGGUUGAAUUUUCACUAGAGUACAGAAUAUGCCUGUUAAAAAAAAAAGUCAUUUCUGUGUAUGUAGACGUUGGUGAAUGUACUGAUGCAAUACAGCACAAGGACAGGGGUGAUUUUCAAGUUACUGGAAUUACUCUAGUAUACCUUUUGUCAAUUUUUCUUUUUGCCUCUCUUUGGCUUGCUUACAUCUGACACAUCCAUGACUUAAAAGCUGGAGGCUGCCUUUUUUUAUAGAAUACAAGUAACUUCAUUCUCACCUCUGUCUCAAUCCUGAAACACGAAUAUUAUAUUUGUCGGGUUCUCGCACCUGAAUAAGUUACCCAGUGUGAAAAGCCGAACAAAUAUUACAAGUUUUGUAUCCCCUAAUAUUGAGCUAUAACAAGAAAAAACAACAAAAAAAAACCUUGUAGAUGAACUGUGAAACAGAUACCGUGUACAUUUCGUCUGUCCUGCAUGGAGCACUUUAAUGUUCCUGGUCUUAGUCUGUUUAUUCGUGAUGAUGUCACCUUAUAAGACUGCUUUGAAACCUGUAUUCCUACAACAUCGAGUACUAUUCCAGAUGCAUACACCUGUAAAUACAGUCCAAAAACGCCAUCAACUGUCCAAACGUUUGAAGUUAACGUUUCAUGCUUAGUCAGUGUAACGCAACACUGAAUCUCACAUGCUGGUAAGAAUUAUGUAAGGGUGUCAUUGAGACUGAGUACACUUGACAAAUUCAGUGUUUUUUUUUAUCUCGACCUUUCAUUCAUUUCUGGCUUAUAAAAUCUGUGGCUCUGCUAAUUAUCCACAGAUGUGUCACUGGCAGUCUUUCUGUAAAGGAGUUUAGGCAACGUUAGGACUGUGGUGUGUACCUUGUAAGAGUGUAAUCAGAGGUGUAACUUAGUCUGUGCAACUGAAUGAUACUUGAAUUGGAGUAUUAGCUGUUAUUCUGAUUAUGUUUCUGAUUUGUAUUUGGCAUGUCUGCCAUUUCGUCAGCUGUUGACCAUUGUUACGGUUGCCAUGACUUGACUGAUAAGAAACUGGGUGACUCGAUAUACUUACUGAAAUGUAUCCCUGCUUCAACCUUGUUUAUAAUGACUUUUAAUUACAGAAAUGACACAAAGAACUGGAGACAGAGCGUGAAGAAAAGAGAUUGUGUAUGCAUGACAGAAAACAGCACAGCUUUUAGGCUACUCGGAGUGAUCUGGUUAAGAGCACAUCACUAAAGCACCGUCAAAUGCAUUUUAAUGGUGUCAAAUAAUAAUUCUAAAUAAGCUGUACAUAUACACUUUUUGCCAAAAUAAUAAAAAACUUUGGUUUUA